AAUUGGUCUAAUCCUCAGGUCUGGGAAGAAACUCUGGAAAUCCUCAGGGCAUUGGAAGUGUAAAAUCAUCACAUUUUCAAAGCCUGGUUACAGUCCAAAACUCCAGCAACAGAUAAAAGAGGGCUGCAGCCAAGCUCAGAAGAAGAGGGAAGAGGAUAAAGACUUAUACCCUUCUCAUCAAAGCUGCAUUCUUGACAACUCUAAAGGAUCUCUACUUCCAGAUAAGGGAACACCAUAAACAUGGCCUCAGAGAUCCACAUGCCAGGCCCGGUGUGCCUCAUUGAGAACACUAAAGGGCAACUGGUGGCUAAUGAGGAAGCCUUGAAGACGCUGUCUGCCAUUACCCAACCUGUGGUGGUGGUGGCUAUCGUGGGCCUCUACCGCACAGGCAAAUCCUACCUGAUGAACAAGCUGGCUGGGCAGAAAAAGGGCUUCUCUCUGGGCUCCACGGUGCAGUCUCACACCAAGGGAAUCUGGAUGUGGUGUGUGCCUCAUCCCAAGAAGCCAGACCACACCUUAGUUCUGCUGGACACUGAGGGCCUGGGAGAUGUAGAGAAGGGAGACAACCAGAAUGACUCCUGGAUCUUUGCCCUGGCCAUCCUCCUGAGCAGCACCUUCGUGUACAAUAGCAUGGGAACCAUCAACCAGCAGGCCAUGGACCAACUGCACUAUGUGACAGAGCUGACAGAUCGAAUCAGGGCAAACUCCUCACCUGGUAACAGCAGUAAGGUAGAGGACUCAGCUGACUUUGUGAGCUUCUUUCCGGCAUUUGUGUGGACUCUCAGAGAUUUCUCCCUGGAACUGGAAGUAAAUGGACAACCCAUCUCUGCUGAUGAGUACUUGGAGCAUUCACUGAAGCUAAAACCAGGUAAUGAUCAAAAAAUUAAAAACUUUAAUGAGCCUCGAUUGUGUAUCCGAAAGUUUUUCCCUGAGAAGAAGUGCUUCAUUUUCGACCGGCCUGCUCACAGGAAGUACCUUGCCCACCUGGAACAGCUAAAGGAGGAAGAUCUGAACCCUGAAUUCAAAGAACAAGUUGCAGAAUUCUAUUCCUACAUCCUCAGCCAUUCCAGUGCCAAAACUCUCUCAGGUGGCAUCACAGUCAACGGCCCUCGUCUAAAGAGCCUGGUGGUGACCUAUGUCAGUGCCAUCAGCAGUGGGGAUCUGCCCUGCAUGGAGAACGCAGUCCUGGCCUUGGCCCAGAUAGAGAACUUGGCCGCAGUGAAAAAGGCCAUUGCCCACUAUGACCAGCAGAUGGGCCAGAAGGUGGAGCUGCCCACAGAGACCCUCCAGGAGCUGUUGGACCUGCACAGGGCCAGUGAGAGAGAGGCCGUUGAAGUCUUCAUGAAGAACUCUUUCAAGGAUGUGGACCAAAAGUUCCAGAAGGAAUUAUGGGCCCAGUUGGAAGCAAAGCGAGAUGACUUUUGUCAGAAGAAUUUGAAAGCAUCAUCAGAUUAUUGCAUGGCUUUACUUCAGGAUAUUUUUGGCCCUCUAGAAGAGGAUGUGAAGCAGGGGACAUUUUCUAAACCAGGAGGUUACCAUCUCUUUAUUCAGAAGAAGCAGGAACUGAAGAAUAAGUACUAUCAGGCACCCGGAAAGGGAAUACAGGCAGAAGAGAUGCUGAAAAAAUACUUGGAGUCCAAGGAGGAUGUGGCUGAUACACUUCUACAGACUGAUCAGUCACUCACAGAAAAGGAGAAAGAGAUUGAAGUGGAACGCAUAAAGGCUGAAUCUGCAGAAGCCGCAAACAAAAGGUUGGAGGAAAUGCAAAAGAAGAAUGAGCAGAUGAUGGAACAGAAGGAGAAGAGCUAUCAGGAACAUGUGAGACAAUUGACUGAGAAGAUGGAGAAAGACAGAGCCCAGUUGCUGGCAGAGCAGGAGAAGACAAUAGGUCUUAAACUUCAGGAACAGGAACGACUUCUCAAGGAGGGAUUCCGGAAUGAGAGCCAGAAACUUCAUAAGGAGAUCCAGGAUCUCCAGAGGAGGACAUCAUCGGGCUCAUCUUGUAUCAUACUCUAAAAAUUGAAGAAACACAAUUUCCCUACCCAGCUUCCUCUCCCAAAGGAACAAAUUGAAUGAGCAACUUCAGAAGACCGAACAACAGCCACUAAACUUGACUUGAAAUCA